AUGGACACUAGCAAUGCGGGAGAGCUGAAAAAAACUCCAUCUGAGAAAGAGGACGUCAAAUCAGAUCCGCCUUCACAGCUACCCACACCGCCAACGAGGAGCGCGUUCAAAUCUAUUCUUCUGGUCGUCACCAUGACUUUGGGCAUGAUGGUUAAUACUGCGGGAAGUACGUCCAUAACCAUGACCUUACCGACGAUUGGUAAGGAAUUCCACCUGCAAGAAAACGAGCUACAAUGGCUAGUGUCCGCGUACCCCCUUAGUUCUGGUUGCCUACUUCUUGUUUUCGGUCGAGUCGCGGACCUCUAUGGGAGGAAAAAAGUUUUUCUAUGUGGAUCCCUUUUCCUCGCUAUUUUUACCCUCGCAUGCUCGUUUCAACAUGAUGUCAUCAGUCUCGACAUCAUUCGCGGAAUCCAGGGCAUAGGCUCUGCAGCCAUUGUACCCGCCUCACUUGGAAUCCUCGCUGACGCUUUCCCGCCAUCUCGCGCACGGUCCUUGGCGUUCGCUACUUUCUCAGCGGGUGCUCCCCUCGGAGGCGUCGUCGGAUCAGUCGUAGGGGGCAUUCUGACACAAUACACUGCGAAGACAUGGCGCGCCCCUUUCUACUUGAUGACAGGCCUCACCGUCCUCUGCUUCGUCGGCAGUUUAAUCUCCAUCGAUCCGGACGUACCCUCAUGUGACCCUGACAAGCGCAUUGACUGGCUGGGCGCUUUCUCGGUCACUGCGGGGUUGGUGCUUAUUGUAUUCGUCCUCAGCCAGGGAGAACUAGCACCGAGGAAGUGGGCCACGCCAUAUAUCAUUGCACUUAUAAUAUUAGGCGUUCUUCUCUUGGUAUUGUUUGUCAUAUGGCAACAAUACCUUGAAAAGGUGCAAGAUGACCCCAACGCGGUGCACUCAGCACUUACACCUCCACCUUUGAUUAAACCCUCGUUGUGGAAACGCGGAGAGGGGAGGUUCGCUGCUAUGAUGAUCAUUGGGUUUGUCAACUGGGCAGCAUUUCUGGCUUGGAUUUUCUGGGUUCAGCUGUACUUUCAAAACUACCUUCAAUUGUCGGUUAUACAAUCCGUCGUCCGAUUUCUCCCCAUGGUAGUAUCUGGCCUGCUUUGCAACACUUUCGUAGGCAUCAUGGCUGCACGCGUCCCCGUCAUCUACCUCACUGCUAUUGGUACUGGUGCUACCGCAGUCGCUUGUCUUCUCUUUGCGUUAAUCAACCCCGGCGCAUCAUAUUGGGCCUUCACGUUCCCAGCGUCGGUAAUAUCGGUGAUGGGAGCUGACUUUGUUUUUUCCACCGGAACGUUAUUUAUAGCGAAAGUUUCGAUGCCUCAUGAGCAGAGCGUUGCCGGCGCUUUGUUCUUGACCAUGAAUCAGCUGGGCACUGCUCUGGGUGUGGCCACCACUACAGUCGUCUUCAAUCGGGUCGACCUUCAUAGACACGGAAGGGACGGAAUCGUAAGCUACAAAGCAGCUCAGUGGACCGCUUUUGCGUUUGGGGUUCUUGGGACUCUUCUGUCCAUCCUAUUUUUUAGAGGGGUAGGCCCUGCUGGGUUUCGCGAACCUAUAGACAAGCCAGAAACGCUGAACGGUGAUGAAGAACGAACAAUGACAUUGGAUAGUAACCAAGACAUAAAAGUGAGAAGUAAAGAGGUGCCAAAUUUAAAUAGGUGA